AGCUCAGACAGCAACCAGAUUAAUUCACCGUGUUUGGAUUCUUCACGGAAAGUAUAUAUGGUAUAAUCCAUCAAAGAAGAGGAACACUCAACCUCUCACCAACAGAAAGAAGAAAUAUUCGACACUGUUAUUCUUUAUUCAUUAAUAACACACACGAUUGUGCAGACUGAGCCAAACAUCUAGUAUCACAUGAUAAAUGACCCCAGAACACCAAGGUCAUUCGAGAAGCAGAAGGUGUCAUUCCCAAGAAGUUAACACUUCCUUCUGUUGUGAAUGGGCACAUGGAGAGGACACAUCAUCAAAUUUAACAAAGUCAUUUGAGUUAUUCUAUCGGUCCUAGAAUCUAACUACUGGAAAGAUUUUUAUGAAUCAUCCUAAACAAAGCCUUCAUUUAUUGUAGAAAUACAUGCACACACACACAAUAGAUAAAUAGAUAUUUUGCAAUAUCUCUGGCAUAUAAUUGCUUGUCUUUAGUUUGAAUAUUUUCAGCGACUGUGGAAUUACUACAUCCAUCAAUAAACUAAAUCUAGGCACACAUAUGCUUGAUGCAAUGGAUAAAGAAAACCACUCAAUGGUGACUGAGUUUAUCUUCAUGGGCAUCACCCAGGACCCUCAGCUGCAGGUAAUCUUCUUCGUGGUCUUCCUCAUAGUUUACCUAGUCAAUGUAGUGGGGAACGUUGGUAUGAUUAUCCUGAUUACAACAGACACUCAACUUCAUACACCCAUGUAUUUUUUCCUAUGCAACCUGUCUUUUGUUGACCUGGGCUACUCCUCAGCCAUUGCCCCCAGGAUGCUGGCUGACUUCCUAACAAAGCACAAGGUUAUCUCCUUUUCCAGCUGUGCCACCCAGUUUGCUUUCUUUGUAGGUUUUGUAGAUGCUGAGUGCUAUGUCCUGGCAGCCAUGGCCUAUGAUCGUUUUGUGGCCAUCUGUCGACCCCUCCACUAUAGCACUCUCAUGUCCAAGGGGGUCUGCUUGGCUCUCAUGCUGGGCUCUUACCUGGCUGGCCUAGUGAGUUUAGUAGCCCACACUACCCUCACCUUCAGCCUGAGUUACUGCGGUUCCAAUAUCAUCAACCAUUUCUUCUGCGAAAUCCCACCACUCUUGGCCCUUUCUUGCUCAGACACCUACAUCAGUGAGAUCUUGCUCUUCAGUCUGUGUGGCUUCAUUGAAUUCAGCACCAUCCUCAUCAUCUUCAUCUCCUAUAUCUUUAUCCUCAUUGCAAUUAUCAGAAUGCAUUCAGCUGAAGGCCGCCUUAAGGCUUUCUCCACCUGUGGGUCUCACCUUACCGGUGUUACCCUCUUCUACGGCACAGUCAUGUUUAUGUACCUGAGGCCAACAUCCAGCUACUCCCUGGACCAAGACAAGUGGGCCUCUGUGUUCUACACAAUUAUCAUCCCCAUGUUGAAUCCCCUGAUCUACAGUUUGAGGAACAAGGAUGUGAAAGCUGCUUUCAAAAAACUAAUUGAAAAAAAUAUAUCAUAAUAACACAAAAUGAAAAUCUGUUUUUGUCAUAGGUAAAUGAUAGUAGUGGAAAAAGAUAGGAAAUGCAAAUAAGUUUUUGAUAAACACUACCAAAGUUAUCAUCUUCUUGCUAAGUGAAUAUUACAUUCUGAAGGGUGGUCUCUAAUGCUUAACUCUACAAUCUGAAAGAAAUAGAAAUUAAAUUAGUAUUUUUGAAAGACA